AUGAUGAGUGACAAGCCAAAAGAUCAUACCCCAAGAAGAAGUCAAAGACUGAAAGAUAAAGACAAGAAGAGAUCUGAUACUUUAAGUGAUAAAGAAUCAGAGAAAUUAGAGAAAAAGAGAAAAUUACAAUAUGAUGAAUUAGCUCAAAAUACAGAUGAAUUAUAUAAGACAGAUCUGCAGGAUGAUAUUGGUGAUGCUACCAGAAUUAAGAGAGCUAAAGAUGAGGUAAUUAGACCUCCAGCGCCUGACAUUUUUCUAAGACAGAAUAAACAAGAUAAAGUUAAUGUUGAUCAAGAAUUUUUUGAUAGUUCACAAAGGUCAAAAAAUAAUAACUCCAUUAUACGUCAAUCAGUAUUAAACAACAAAGAAAUUUUAAUAAAAAACUUUGAAGCAGAAUUGAUUAAAUCUUCCAUCGAUAUAGAUGUAAGAGAUUUUUACAAAAAUAUUGAUCAUGAAACUACAAAGAUAUUCAAAAAAGAUUUCUUUAUUUUCAUCACCACUGCUAUAAAGAAAUUUUUUGUCAAUAAACCUGAAUAUUUUUUAAAUGAAUCAUCAUGUCCUAUCAAUUUCAUACAUUUUUUCAAAUUGGUGUUUGUAAGUCGUGUUGACAAAAUUAAUGCAAAAUUUAGCGUAAUCACAGAGAUUACAGAAGAUAUGAGUACGGUUAAUGAAGAAUAUAUCGCUACGUCAACUAAUGACACCAAAUCCCAAGGAGCGAUCCAUUCAAAAUUUAUCGAAUUAUUUAAAGAGAUGGUUCCAAAACCAUCAGAUGAAUUUGAUGAUGAGGAUUUAGCAAGAAAAUUCAGAUAUUGUGAGGAAGAGUUAAUUCAGAAAUUAGAACAACUAAGGUUAAAAGAUCCUUCGACGCUUUUUGAGGAUUUAGAUAAUAUUUUGACAAAAAUUACUGAAAAUGUAAUUGAUGAGAUUGACUUAGUUGUUCAUGAUGAUGAUGACACUCAAACAAAUUCAACGUCGUCAGGAAGUAAAAAUAUUGAUGAAGAAAUUAAAUCUCAUGAAAAAAAUCAAAAAGCUCAAGAUAAGAAACUUAAGGAACAUAAGGAACAUAUGAAAUAUAUGAAACAUAAGAGAGAAACAAAAAUCCAAAACACAUUUGAUAAAUCAAUAACUCCAUUCAAAUUACUAUGUAACCUUGUUUAUGACCCCAAAUUAUUCAAUUGUUACCAAAAUGAAAAGAUUACAUUUGUGUUACCUGAAGAUUUAGAAGAAAAAUUUCCACAUCUCAAAGACGUUAAAAAUGUAAUUGAAACAGAUCUCACAUUUAAAAUUCACAAUACAUCGGGUAAUACAACCAAGGCUGCUAAAUAUCCAUUGGAGAUAAAGUUACCCAGCAUAGCUACACUACUAAAUGAACUUGGUAGCCAUGAUAUCUCUUCUCGGAGUCGAGGCAUUUACAAACAAGUCAUAAAUCAAAUGGUUGCCUUUAAAACUAACGUUUGUUUUCUGUCUGAUCAUAAUAAUAUGGUUAUCUUAUUGUUUCAAGAAAAUGGAGAAAAUGGUAUUACUGAAUCUAAAUUAAAAAACAGUAAUGAUUUAAUGGUCGAGAUUCCUUUUAGGAUAUUAACAAUAGAUAAUACUUAUCAAAAUAUAUUGAAAUAUACUGGUGAUUUAGAUAUAAAAGAUAAACUCACAUUUGAAAUGUUAAUGUUGAUAAUGAUGAGACACCCAUUUGAAGCUUUAGGUGACAGCAAAAAACUUUUGGAUUUUGUUUUAUUAGAUCCCAGGAAAAUCCAAGAACAACGGAUAAGAUUUAUGAAAUCAAUUAUAAGCUAUUUUAAUGAUGAAGAUUUCUUAUCAAAUGACGAUUUUUCAGAUACACCCACAAUUGUUUCUUCUCAAAUUAGACCAUCAUCAUCAUCAUCAUCAAAUAAUACAUUAAUUCCAACACCCAAUAAAGAUUUGAAACAAGAUUUGAAACAAGAUUUGAAUAAAGACUUGAAAUUUUUCAACUGUCCAAUGAUCUUAAAACACGUCAAAGAUAUAUUAUCAGAAACAAUAACAGGUCAAGAAUCAAAACCUUCAGUUUCGUUAUUAUUACACAGCUCUGAAUUGGAGAAAUUGAAUAUUAUGUGUAUCGAUCAAAAAUCAAAAAAUGAAUUAGUUGUAUUGAAGAUCUUUGAUGUUGAAUAUGCUCAUAUAAAUUAUCAUAAAAGCUGGAUCAAAUAUCAAUAUGCUGAUUUCAAGGAAUUUUACAGAGAAAACAUUUAUAAAGAUGCAUUUUUAAAAGAAUUGAAAGUAAUGAGACGGAUUAAAAGCUAUAAUGAUUCUGUUUUUGAAGAUAAGAAAAUAAAUACCUCAAGUUUAUUAGGUUUUGGUAUUCUUACAAGUUUUGUAUAUAAUGGGCCGUUUAUCAUACAUAGUUAUAUUGACUGUAUAAUUCGUCAAAAACCAAAAACAAAAGAACACUUAGAACUUGGUAUUCAACAAUUUAAUAGAUUACUUGGUAUUGGAAUCAAUCAUAAUGAUAUUGCCAAAAGGAACAUUGGGUUUGAUGAAGAAGAAAAAAAGUUCUAUAUCAUUGAUUUCGAUCAUAGUGAAAUGUUACCUGAAGGGAAGAAGUAUAAUUAUUCAAUGACUUAUGAAAUGCUGAAAUGUGAGCUUGGUUUGUGA